AGCCUCGGCCUCUGGGCGAUCUCCUCUGGCCCCGGCUCCCUGUCCGAGGAGGAAGAUGCAGACCUUUCUGAAAGGGAAGCGAGUUGGCUACUGGCUGAGCGAGAAGAAAAUCAAGAAGCUGAAUUUCCAGGCCUUCGCCGAGCUGUGCAGGAAGCGAGGGAUAGAAGUCGUGCAGCUGAACCUCAGCCGUCCGAUCGAGGAGCAGGGCCCCCUGGACGUCAUCAUUCACAAGCUGACCGAUGUCAUCCUCGAAGCCGACCAGAAUGACAGCCAGUCCCUGGAGCUGGUGCAUCGGUUCCAGGAAUACAUCGAUGCCCACCCCGAGACUAUCGUCCUGGAUCCCCUUCCUGCGAUCAGGACCCUGCUUGACCGCUCCAAGUCCUACGAGCUCAUCCGGAAGAUUGAGGCCUACAUGAAAGAUGACCGCAUCUGCUCUCCGCCCUUCAUGGAGCUCACGAGCCUGUGCGGGGACGACACCAUGCAGCUCCUGGAGAAGAACGGCCUGGCUUUCCCAUUCAUCUGCAAAACUAGAGUGGCUCAUGGCACCAACUCUCACGAGAUGGCCAUCGUGUUCAACCAGGAGGGCCUAAAUGCCAUCCAGCCGCCCUGUGUGGUCCAGAAUUUCAUCAGCCACAAUGCUGUCCUCUACAAGGUGUUUGUGGUCGGCGAGUCCUACACCGUGGUGCAGAGGCCCUCUCUCAAGAACUUCUCUGCGGGCACGUCAGACCGCGAGUCCAUCUUCUUCAACAGCCACAACGUGUCGAAGCCAGAGUCCUCAUCAGUCCUGACUGCGCUGGACAAGAUCGAGGGCGUGUUCGAGCGGCCGAGUGACGAGGUCAUCCGGGAGCUGUCCCGGGCCCUGCGGCAGGCACUGGGCGUGUCACUCUUCGGGAUUGACAUCAUCAUCAACAACCAGACUGGGCAGCAUGCUGUCAUCGACAUCAACGCCUUCCCAGGCUAUGAGGGCGUGAGCGAGUUCUUCACAGACCUCCUGAACCACAUCGCCACCGUCCUGCAGGCCCAGAGUGCGGACGCAGGGAACGCAGGGGACGCAUCCCCACUGAGGCACAGCAGGCUCAUGGCGGAGCAGGUGGGCAGCCACGCUGGGGAGCGGACGUGCAGCGCCAGCCCGGGUUGCUGCGGCGGCAUGAUGGGACAGGACCCACCCUGGAAGGCGGAGGCCGACGCCGGCAGCGCCACCAAGCUGCAGCACCAGAGACUCGGCUGCACUGCUGCCGUGUCGCCAAGCUUCCAGCAGCACUGCGUGGCCUCCCUGGCCACCAAGGCCUCCUCCCAGUAGCCGUGGAGCCCAGGACCCACAGGCAGCACGGAGAGCGGAGCACUGCCGGGCACGCGGCUCCAACGGUGACGCUACUACUAGGAAUUGCCCAUGAUCUGAUUCUUCUUCUCGAUUUUUAACCUGAUUUUCUGAUGUCAUGAUCAAAGUGAGGGGCAGGGGAAGGUGGAAGAGAGUGCCACGUGGUCCAGUCUCGCGGAAAAGGGACGUUCCCCGGAGUCCUGCCCUGCAAAUCUCUCUACUGAGUUUACACACGCUGUUUUCAACACUAGGCCUGAGUGUGAGGUGGGAGGUAUGUGUGCGCGUGAGUGCAUGUGUGCACGUGGAUGUGGGGGGGUGUGUGUGCGAGUGUGUGUGGACGUGAGUGUGUGUGUGUGAGUGUGCACACCCGUGUCUGUACAUCUCAGUGGCUGCUGUGGACUGGGCCUCAGGAUCCUUGAGCGAGGCCUCCCGGGGUCAGGCUGCCAGUGGCAGCACAGAGGGAGUGAACGGUUUCCCCUUCUUUUCUUGUCUCUUCAAGCCUCCCCACCCCAGACCUGACACCCUCCUCCGCAGCUUUGUCAGGAGUGUGGCCUCCAGCCCCACCACCGGGCUGACACUGACCCCUCCCAAGGAGCGUGACCCACAGGAGCCUCAGGGCUGCAGCUGCUGUUCUCUCAUGGGGGUCCCAUGUGGGGUGUCUGGGCCAUGAUCUGCUCCUUCUCCAUCUGCCUGGAACCCCUCAGGAAAGGAGUGGACAAGAAGGCUUCCCGGGAGGAGGCCAAGGCCUCAGGUUGGCUGCCGUGCUUCACAUCCAGCUCCCUGGGGUCCAGGUGGCCGAGGGUUCUGGCCACAAGCUUCCCUGAGGUACCUGAGGCCAGGUGGAGGCCCCUCAUCACAUCUCCCAUGUGGCCCUGCUUAGGGGCUCCUGACCCUGACUCACCGCUCCCCAGAACCCAGGAAGGAGGCUGCCUGGCUGGGACCCUGAGUUGAUUCCGCCUCUGCCAAGGAUCUGCCAUGUGACUCUGGGCAAAUCAUUCCAAGUCUUUGAGCCACUGUCUCCUCAUCUGUAACGGGUGAUUGAGACCAAGGGAACUCUAAACAGCUGGCUUCAUGUUGUAAGACCUCGAGGUGCAGCUUGCUUCUCCAUGAAGGUGACCAGGAUGAGGGCAGGCAUGGGGACCCGGCUUUUCCCAGCAGCAGGAGCUGCCCACACAGUUCAUGGCUCACACCCAGCCACGUGCAGCUCCGGUGGCCCGAGGUCACACCUGCCGGUCCCGCCUCACCCCAGCAGCCCCGUCCCUCCUGUACUCAUUGCCAGCAGUUUUGCAAGGCCAACCCUAAGCCAGCCAGGGGCAAGGGAGCUGCAGCCCCAGAGAUGAUAAAACAUUCCCCCAUUAGACUCCCCUAGGAUCCAGCUCAGCCGUCAGCCCCUCCACGGGAGCAGGGCUGAAUGUGGAACUGAGUGGGCCCUGGAGAUUUGGAUCAAGGGGUGAGAUGCAUAUGACCCCCAAAUGUGGUUUUGUGUCUAAGAUGUCGGUUCACUUUGAAAGAGGAACAAAGGCCUUUGGGCUGUCCUGUGUGGGGUCCGGGAGGGUGGCCUGAGAGGCCACUGAGCAGGGCUCGUGGAGGCACCUUCAGGCCUGGCUGGGGGUGGGGGGCACUCAUCUUUGGGGCAGGCGGGCUGGGGUCGGGGGCGGAGCUGUCACAACUGCCCGACUAACCGUGGUGACACGACUUGAGUGUUGAACCCAAUUCCGUGUCUGUGCGUUGUCACCUCACCCUGAGCCCUGGGAGCAGGGAAGCGUGGCCAGCCUCUUGCACUGCUUUGUCUCCAAAAUAAACUACUGAAAUCAAACUGCAUUUUGCGCUUGUUUACAAAAUGUCUCUCCAGUUUGUUGUGUAAUUCAGUCUUCAAAGAAAGGUUUACAAACAGCUUUCCCUUUUUGAAAUAUCAUGUCUGUCCCCAUCUCCCUUGGAAACAGGUGGGUGCGCCAUGUGAGCCCAACACCAGGCUGUUCCUGCAUCGUGUUAUCUCCGUUGUCACACACGUUAGCACCCAGGGCUUGGAUAUCAAGUAACUGCUUUCCGGUGACUUGGCACUUUCCAC